AUGGUCAUCUUCAUGCGGUUUGGAGCCUUCGCUGCAGUCCACAUAGCGCUGCCCGUGACACGUGGCUGCAAUGCACGUCUCAUGUCAUGGGGAAAAGGCUAUCUGGAGCCCUACCACGCUGCCACGCGUUAUGAUCUCGACCCUUCGCACGCCUCGCCUGCUUUCGUGCAGAAGGCUAAUACUGGCAAAAUGAACAAGGAGGGUAUCUAA